AUGUCUCUGCUCCUCAACAUCCCGGUUGAGCUGCGGAAGCUCAUUAUCGAGCAUGUGCUUUAUACCCCACUUAACCCGCCUGUGGCCCCUUUAUCCUCCGACGGGGCCAAAUACCGCGACAUGAAUUACAAAGCAUGGGUCUCGGGAGUCUAUUACAAGCAGAAGAACAAGCCCAGCUCGCGAGUCGACUAUACUCUCGAUAUCUCCGUCGAAGAUGACUUGAAGCUCUACCUGACAUGGCUCUCCGUGCCCUGUCUCACAGCCCAUGUCUCGACCCUCUACGCGCAUGUGCGUCUGUUCGGUCACAUCAUCGAGCAGCACACCGCGCGUUGCCAAAUGGGCGAUGGAGGCCGGCUAGGCUACCACUGGUCCUUCUACGCGGCCCUGGAGCGGUUCGUCCGCUAUGGUCCCGUGGGCGAAAAGAAGCGCAAAGGGGAGCAAGCUGCUGCGGAGUCUUCCGAUCAUCGACGUCGCGAUGACACGAAGGAUUUCCAGGAUCGAGGGAUCGUGAUCGAAACAUUGGUCCUUGACUUCCGGUCUGCAGAGCUAGAGCUUUUUUUCCCGCCAGAGGAUGUUCUAUACAAGCAUUGGCAGUGGUGGCAUUGCGGUCGAGACAUGAGGAAUCCAAGCGCAGGUUUGGAGCCGUUGUCGUCGUAUAAAACGCGUCCCCAGUGGCUUUGUCAAUAUUUGAAGAUGGAGAUAGGAGCUCUACUGGAAAUGAGUUAUCACACCGCAAAGUACGGACAGCCCCUGUACGAGCAUAUUGGAACCAUCCGGAUGCUUGUGGACGGGCAGCUGGUUGACGAGUUUGACCUUGCUACUUGGUUGGCUCGUCUACAUUUUACCGAUCCAGGGGACACGAUGGGUCAUCUGGUCAGAGAAAAGAGGCUGUCUAGUUUUUGGGAAUGGAAGAAGGAGACUUUGUCCUUGAGGAAGGAGCGUGGACUACCUGUGAUAUGGCCGUCGGAUGAUGAGCUAAGGCGAGAAGGGAAUAAUUAAUCUUUGAUUAAGGAUAGGGCAGGG